AUGAGCUCUCUUCGCAUCCGACUUCCUUCAGCCCAAUCCCGAGACGCCAAACGAGCCCCAUCUGGUUUGUCAGUGGACUCGUCGGAUGGCUCCCUUUCAACAAAACAAUAUGCUAAAGAAAACGACUCGAAGCACUCCGAUCGUCCAAGAUCCGGGAGCAGCGGCUCCUCUACCUCCGCUUCUUUCCCCAUCAAACGAUCCGGACUGGCUUCAAGUCGUCCGUGCUCAUCAGCGCAAUUCGACCCACUCGAAAACGAUGGGAAGCAGUCGCUUGUUGGGAGUAGCACUGAGAAUGUCGUUUCGGGCACGCCGUCACCACACACCGUUACCAUGCCUCCUGCAAAGAAAAAGCGAUCGCAUAAACGCAAAAGUGCAGUUCGCUCCGAUCCUGACUCGAGCAAGCGCCUGAAGAGUACUCCACAAGAGGGUUCGAACCGGCGAUUGCACGCAGAAAUCCACUGCAACAGUUACGCCUCUGACGACUCAGUCCAUGACAGUGACCAUGGUGUUUCUUCAGGCUCCAGCGGUCGCCGGGUCAAUCCGGAACAAAUAGGCGGGCGCUCUUCUCUGGUCUCGUACCAUAAUUCAGAAGAUAGUCACUCUCCAGAGGAACAGCGAGCCGAUUCAUGUUUACAACCCGAUAAGAGCCCAGUGCCCAGGAAACGUACCAGUUCAUUGCCACACACUCGGAACCCCCACAUUGACCAACCCACGGCUCACCCCAGAUCUCUUCCUCCCGAUAAUGCCGACGCUCCGCACAAAUUGACAUCUAAUCACUUUAAAGUCAUCAAAACCACCUCAAAGUCAACCUGGGAUUCCAGCGAUAGCGAAUUCGAAACUUCCACAGCUCCAACCAAGUUACCCGAGGCCGGGACGAAAGACGCCGUACUCGAAAAUGUCAAACCCACUGAGCCGUCUGCUCCAGUGAGCGAGUCAAAAAAGAAAAAGAAGAAAAAAUCUUCUCACACUGGUCGCCAUGAGGCCAGAAACAAAGAAAACGAUGAGAAACCCGUGCUUCCUACCACCAAGACAUCUAAAGGUACCAGCUUAACUCGACCCUCCAACAAAUCGUCGAACAAACAUCCCCGGACGGAACAGCACAAAUCCAAACGAUCACACCGAGGACGCGAGAGGUCAUAUUACUCGCACGCCUCCUCAAGGUCGCGCACACAUUCACCGAGGGAGGUGGACUUACCUUCGACAAAUCGAAUCGAUUUAUCUGGUGACAAACACAAACUUUCUCGAUCUGGUGGCUCUUUCAGCUCUCACUCGUCACGACACGGCUCCGAGUACUCUUCGGUGAGUAGUCGUUCAUCCGACUGGCGACGACGAUCAUGCUACCGUCGCCACCAUCAUCGCCGAAGACAUUCAGACUCGUAUUCAUCCCGAUCAUCAUCACGCGACUCGUCCAACGUGUCUGCACGCGGUCAUCGUGGUCGUAGUAGCAAAUCGAGUUCAGCACAUGACCGAGCUCGUCGUCGUCGUUCUCGGUCAACUCAUCGUCGCAGGUAUCAUCGUCGAAGUUACUCCAGUCGCUCGCGUUCCCGUAGUUGGAGGUCGUCAACUUCAACUUCACGUACAUCAUACCGAUCUUCAAGGUCUGUCUCUCGAGGUUCUUCUCGCGAACUCAGUCGCCGAUCUUCAUCAGUCCGUCGGUCAUCAUCCCGCCAUUCACCGGCAUCCUGUCAGAAAGCCACCCUCCAUUCCAAACCGUUGGGUGGAGAAACGUUGAUCGGCCGCUCGACAAAAACGACGCCAUCAUCUCACGCGCGGAGUCAGUUCUCAGAAUCUCGAACAAGCGACACUUUAAAGUCGGCCUUCUCGUUAUCUGAUAUGGCUGAAACUGUAUCGGCGGCUGUAAAGCGUGUUACAGGAGGACACAAUGCUAACAAAUCUACCAAACAUUCGGAUAACCCCGGCUUCCCAUGUAUCUCAUUGAAAACCAGUACGUCUACCGACGGCGUAAACUCAUCAUCCGCUUCAGUUUUGGUGGAUAUACCGCUACCAAAGGAUUCCAGACACCACGAAGACUACAUCCACGGUUUGGACGAGCUCCCUGUUCGAAGCGAACCCACUCCUUACAUCGGACCCCAGUUGCCUCCCGAUCUCGCUAAACGCUUUGGGCUAUCUGUGGGAAAUAAUCAAUCGGGUUCCUGUGAAGUUUCAUCUGAUGGGACAUCCUCCAAUCCACAAGGAUCUUCAGUUGAGGGCACCACCCAGAUGAGUACAGAUCACUUGUCCUCCAAUACACAGCAAUCAAAUUCCCUGGAGUUCUUGAUACCCCCAGAAAAGGUCGAACAGUAUCGCGCUCUUCAGGAACAGGCCAAACAACACGCUUUACGGCGCCAUACCAUGCUUGUUGGCAGUGGUUCUACGGAGUCUCCAGUGACCCAGCUGACCUCUGUGCAGCCAGGCACAUAUCCUCAACAAUUGGCAAUAUUGCACCAUCUUCAACGUGACCCAUUCUUGGGGUCUACUGGACUUGUGCACCCGGCCUAUUCCACCAACUUGGCGUUGCUGUCCCACCUAAAUGCCUCAGCUUCUGGCGCGCACCCCGAUGGCUGGUUAGUUCAUCCGACCCAAGAGAACUCAGAGGAUGCCCGCUUGAAGUCUCUGGCUACUCCGUUCGGAGGAUCACAGAUCGAUAUUUUCAAUGCACAAAUGGCACAUCUCUUGGGACUAACAACUGGACUGCCCUCAGCUUCGGCUGCACCGAAGACGUCCACUGUGGAUGCCACUUCAUUGCCGGCGUAUUUGUCUGCGUCUUUGCAGCAGCAACAACAACAACAACUUCAACACGCCCAGCUACAACAGCUGCUAUCCGCCACAGCCACGCAGUCAGGCGGCAACUCCCUAACUGCCCAGUCCCAAAACAAUAUUGCUGCCCAGCUGUUACAGCACUUGGCAAAUCAGCAAUCACAGCAGAAACUACCUGUUGGUAAUUCGUCAAACCAGAUCUCGCUCCCCGUUCUGGCCGCUUAUCUGCAACAACAAAAGCUUCAGGCGCAGUUGCACAGACAGAAUUUGGACACUUUGCAAAAUGGGGCGUUCGACGAAAGAUUCGCUGCUGCUAUAUCUGGUGCUGGCGACCCAAGCGGAACAAUGACUAACCCUGUCUCCAUGGUUGCUUCUGUUGGUACGCUCAACAACCCCACGAUUACCUGGCCCGCCAAUCUCGUACGAAAUCGUGCCUCCAAUCCAACUGUAUCUGCAAUCUCUUUGCCGACGUCAACAUCUGCUCUGUCUCCACACGCCUCUUUGGCUGCAGCUUUGGCCGCGGCACAACAGCAGCAGUUGUUGAUGUCUGCUCUCCGACAGACUGGUGCCCAACAGCCUACAGCCCUCAUCCAUCAGCUCAACCCCAGCUUCAACGCGUCUUCGACAAUUCUCCCCGCACAAUUCAAGGCUCUCACCCCCCAUCAGCAACAAGCUUUGCUCGUUCAGGCGCUACAGCUCAAACAACUGCAGCAACAACAAUUACAGCAGCAGCAACAGCGCUUUCUCUCCCCCGUUGCCACGGAACAGUCUCUGUUGCAAGCCCAACUGGCCGCCAUUAUUCAACAGCGCCAACAACAAUUUACUCAGGCCCAGCUGCAGCACCAUCAUCAGCAAGCUGUUGCCGCCUCAGCUAUUGCUGCUGCACAGGCACAACGACAACAACAGCAGCAGCAACAGACACAGGACGUUCUUGGAAAAUAGGUUUACAGAUUUUGCAACCUGCGCACGUGUGUACAUAGCGUUCUUUUGAUUGCUUUCUCCUCGUGUAUAGUGUAAGGUUCUUGCGAAAUCCAGUCCAUAGCUUUUAUUG